AUCGGAACUAUGAUUAUUGUCUGUAUAAAUAAAUCUGCAAGUGGAAGAAGCCAAGCCAAAAGGGCAUCUGCUUAAUCGAACUAUUCAGAUUCUAAAAAAUGAGUUGGUGGUGGGCUGGAGCAAUCGGUGCUGCCAAGAAGAAAUUCGAGGAAGAGGAACCGCCGCGAAGCUUCCAGAGCGUGGGCCUGGUGAUCGGCGUGACGGGCAUCGUGGGCAACAGCCUCGCCGAGAUCCUCCCUCUCGCCGACACCCCCGCCGGUCCAUGGAAGGUCUACGGCGUCGCACGCCGCCCCCGUCCGCCGUGGAACGCCGACCAUCCUGUCGAGUACAUCCAGUGCGACGUCUCCGAUCCCGCCGACGCCGAAGCCAAACUCUCCGCCCUAACCGACGUCACUCACGUCUUCUUCGUGUCGUGGACCAACCGCUCCACCGAAGCAGAAAACUGCGAAGUUAACGGCGCUAUGUUACAGAACGUGCUUCGCGCCGUUAUCCCCAACGCCCCCAAUCUCCGCCACGUGUCACUCCAGACAGGCGGCAAGCACUACAUCGGACCCUUCGAAUUCAUCGGCAAGAUCGAAUCUCAUGAACCUCCCUUCGCGGAGGAUAUGCCGCGUUUGGAUGCGCCCAAUUUUUAUUACACCCAAGAGGAUAUUCUUUUUGAAGAAACCGCUAAGAAAGAGGGUUUGACCUGGUCAGUUCACAGACCCCAAGUAAUCUUUGGGUUUUCGCCUUACAGUUUAAUGAACAUGAUUGGGACGCUCAGCGUGUACGCCGCAAUUUGCAAGCACGAGGGUGUUCCGUUGAGAUUCCCCGGCACGAGAGGCGCGUGGGAGAGUUAUUCUUGUGCCUCCGAUGCGGAUUUGAUUGCGGAGCAGCACAUUUGGGCCGCGGUUGAUCCCUACGCGCGGAACGAGGCGUUUAACUGCUCCAAUGGAGACGUGUUCAGGUGGAAGCAUCUUUGGAAGGUGCUGGCGGAACAGUUUGGGAUUGAGGAGUAUGGGUUUGAGGAAGAAGGUUUGAGUUUGUCGGAAUUGAUGAAGGAUAAGGGUCCUGUUUGGGAUGAGAUUGUGAGUGAGAAUCAGCUUCUGCCUACCAAGCUUGACGAGGUUGCUGAUUGGUGGUUUGUGGAUCUUAUUUUCUCAGGGGAGGGAAUGUUGGAUAGCAUGAACAAGGCCAAGGAACAUGGGUUUUUGGGAUUCAGGAACUCCAAGAAUUCGUUCAUAAGUUGGAUAGACAAGACCAAGGCUUAUAAGAUUGUGCCUUGAAUUUAAUUCAUUCUCUUCUUGCUGCUUCUGUUUAAUUUCUCAUGUGCGUCUUUGUUUGUAUUUCCCUGUAAUUUAUAUCAUUAUAUGGAAUGAAUGAAUGAAUAAAACUCGAGGAUAUAACUCGUAUGAGUGGUUGGGAUAAUCCAGAGUUAUGUCUUGUGUUGUGUUGUAAUUUUGUAUCCACAGUUUCUGGUAUUUAGUAUUUACAGAAAGUGGAAGCAAAACUUGAAUGAUAAGCAAGAACCAGUUUUCGGUAACGUA